AAAUUCCCGGCAUCUGUUAUUGAGCGGGUUUUGUGUUUUAGUAUUUGGAGUGAAGCAUAAUUAAUUGGAAAUAAUUUUUAUUCUUUAUAAUUCUGAUGGAUUUAGAACUACCUUAUAAAACUGAAUAUGCUAAAAGCGGCAGAGCCUCUUGCAAAAUGUGUAAGACUAGCAUCCCUCAAGGAUCGCUUCGUCUUGCUGCCAUCGUUCAGUCUGCGUUUCAUGACGGAAAGCAACCGAUGUGGUUCCAUGAGGAUUGUUUUUUCAAAAAGCAACGACCACAAUCUGUAGGCGAUAUAGAAAACUUUGAAAACAUUCGAUUUGAAGAUCAGAAGAGAUUAAGGUUGAAAGUUGAUAAAAGUUCGGCUGAACCAGUUGUUAGCUCUUCUAAAAAGGGGAAAAAACGAUCAGCUACGGAAAAUUCUGCACUGAAAGAUUUUGGUAUCGAGUACGCUAAGUCUGGCAGAGCCGCAUGCCGUGGAUGCGAACAAAAAAUUUUAAAGGACCAGGUACGCAUUCGGAAAACAGUAUACGAUACGGAAGUUGGAAUGAAGUAUGGAGGUCAACCAUUGUGGCAUCAUGUAGAAUGUUUUGCUCAGCUACGUAGCGAACUUGGCUGGUCUGAAAAGGGCGAUUGUCUUCCCGGAUUUCAAAGCUUAAAAAAGGAUGAUCAAUCUGAUGUCUUAAAGCUUUUACCGGCUAUUAAACUCGAAGCUGGGUUGGAGCCCAAGAAGGCCAAAAUUGAGCAAAAUUCUAAAGAGGAAGAAGAACUCGAUAAGGAAAUAGAAAAACAGUCUAAACAUAUAUUUAAGCUUCGUGAAAUGGCAGCAGAUCAAAUGCAAAAGCAAGACAUUAAUUCUUUGUUAGAAUACAAUAAUCAAGAACCAACGACCGGAGAUUCGGAGAAACUUUUGAAUCAACUAGCAGAUAUGUUGGCGUUUGGAGCUUUGUUGCCUUGUCCUCAGUGCAAGGGAUGCUAGUUAUUAUUUAGCAAGUCUGGCUAUUUGUGUAAUGGACAAUUAACAGAGUGGACAAAAUGUUCAAAUCUUAUAAAAGAGCCAGAACGUAAGCCUUGUAAAAUACCAACAAAUUUGAAGGAGAAAUAUAGCUUUUUACAAAAAAUCAAAAACAAGACGGGUUGUCGGAUUGUUAAAUAUAUCCCCCCCAGUAUCGCAGUUAUUUCCAAAAGUGUGCAGGCAAAAACUGAAGAUGAGUCAACUGAACCUAAAGUUAAACGCGAACGGCCACCUCUUUACAAUGUGAAGUUUGCUUAUAUUGGUCCGAAAAAUGGCGAAAAUAAAAUAAAGGUGCGUUUGAGUAAACUAGGUGGGGAAAUUACAACAAAAAUAACUGAACAUACUGCGGCAAUAUUUUCAACAAGCGAUGAGGUAGACCGUAUGGGAGCUCGAAUGAAAAAAGCAAAAGAGCUUGGUAUUCAUGUGAUACCUACAAAUUACUUGGAUAUGGUAGAAAGUAGCUCUUCAAACGUAAUUAAUUAUAUAAGCAGUACGACUAUUUGUGAUUGGGGCACUGAUCCCAACUUGCGUAUUGUGCCAGAGGUCGCAAGUACAAAUAAAUCAAAAAGUAUUUAUACCAAAUCAGUCGCAAAAUCAAUGACGUUGAAAAUCCAAGAUGGAUUGGCUGUGGACCCAGAAAGCGGGCUGCAAGACAUCGCCCAUGUUUAUGUGCAUAAAAAGGACAAAUAUAAUGUUGUUCUCGGCUUAACAGAUAUUCAACGCAAUAAAAAUUCUUACUACAAACUACAGCUUUUGGAGAGCGACACUAAAAACAAGUACUGGAUUUUCCGUUCUUGCGUUCCUGGUCGAAUGUUCCCAAUCGAAAUCGAUUAUGAGGACGAGAAGAUAGUUAAUGACACGGAAAAACUCAAAAUUCCAUCAAAACUAGACACAUCGGUUCAAAGUUUAAUGAAACUAUUGUUUGACAUUGACACUAUGAAAAAAACAAUGAUGUUAUUUGAUUUGGAUAUGGAAAAAAUGCCAUUAGGCAAACUAAGUCAGAAGCAAAUUAAAGCAGCAUACAGUGUGCUCACUGAAAUUUAUGAGCUCAUACAGCAGAAUGGGGGUAAAGCCAACUUUAUUGAUGCUACUAAUCGAUUUUAUACUUUAAUCCCACAUAGUUUUGGGGUUCAAAGUCCCCCAAUUUUGGAUUCCAUUGAGCAAGUUGAGAAGCAUCGCCAAGUCCUUGAUUCUCUUUUGGAAAUUGAAUGUGCUUUUAGCAUGUUACAAGCUGAAAGUAAGGAAGAAGACGUAAAUCCACUGGAUAAACAUUAUGAGCAACUAAAGGCAAAACUUGAACCUCUAGAUAAAAAUAGUGAAGAAUUCAAGACACUUGAAACUUACGUCCGAAACACCCACGGAGAAACACAUAAAAUGUAUGAGCUGGAAAUCGUUGACAUAUUUAAAGUAGCACGUCAGGGCGAAUCGCGACGUUAUAAACAAGAAAACCGGAAACUUCUUUGGCACGGAUCUCGACUUAUAAAUUUUGCUGGUAUUUUGUCACAUGGCUUGAAAAUUGCACCACCCGAGGCUCCCGUCACAGGUUAUAUGUUUGGAAAGGGAAUAUACUUCGCAGAUAUGGUCUCGAAAUCUGCAAAUUACUGUUGCACUAAUUCUCAAGAUUCCACAGGUCUAAUGCUUUUAUCAGAAGUAGCUCUUGGCGAUAUGAUGGAAUGCACCUCUGCAAAAUACGUUACCAAAUUACCAUCAAACAAAUACAGUGUUUUAGGUCGUGGGCGCACCAUGCCUGAUCCGAAAGAGUCGCUUAUACGAGAGGAUGGGGUGGAGAUACCACUUGGUAAACCAAAAACUGAUACAAAUUUAAAAACUUCUCUUCUAUACAACGAAUACAUUGUAUACGAUGUUGCCCAAGUAAAUAUCCAGUAUCUUUUCCGUAUGAACUUUAAAUACAACUUCUGAAACCUAUGAAAUAAAGAUUAUAAUUUUGGUAGAACAACAUGCCAUACUCGUAUUAAAAUAUUAAUGAUAACUUGCGAAUAUAUGUUAUAGCUUACAUUGUCGUAAUUGAUGUACUUUUGUUCAAUAAAUGGUUUUGACAACCCCUCAUUAAAAAUUA